AAUGCGGAAAUGGUCAGCACUUAAAGAGAAAUUACCAGGGAAACGGUGAACAAACUCCAGCAAUUAAGUCCUGCAGUGAGGAUCGACUCGUAGAAAAGAGAGGUAGCCCAACAAAUGGAAGGAAAAGUUCUCAGAAGACCAUGAACUACGAUGAUGAUUGUGAGCUUCAGUCUGAUCAUGGGCAAUGUAAAGUCCAUCACAUCAGAUGUUACAACUGUGGUCGUAGAAAGAGUAAGCAAGAAGAUGAUUGUUGUGGGGACAAAGGCAGUUACAGUCAUCGCUGUGUCAAAGAGAAAACAGAUGAACACUACUUUGAUUCCAGGAUAAAUGAUGUUCCCUCGAAACACCUUCAAGAAAAGAGUCUCUUUGCUUGGAAUAACGCAAAUCCUGAAAACCAGACUGGCAGAGCUUGGAUCAGGCAGAGUUCCUCACUUCUUCCCUAUGACUGGGAGGAUGACUGUGAGAUGGUUGAUUGGGUAAUUGAUCAGUAUGUACAGGAUGAUCACAGCAUCGCUGCAUUCUACAAGGGCAAGAUCAUUCAAACCUUGAAUGAUGCUUUGGGAAUCACAUCAGAGACUGCAAACUCUGAAAACCUUCCAAAAAAACUCCAAAACCAAUUGCUUGAUACAAACAUUCCAGACAUCCCAAAGCUCUGUUCUGAGUCUGCUGUGAGUGAUUGCCAACCAGCUGAAGAACUCCCAGAAAUAGAAUCCCUAAAACCCCUGAAUUCACGCCCUCCAACUCCCUGCAGCAGCCCUCCUGUAUUAUCAGAUAUUGCUCCUCCACCAGUUGAGCCUGAUAUAUGCCAACAAGCUGAGGAAGACCAACAUUGCAAAGAGAAUCCUGAAGAAUGUGAUUAAACAAUGUCUCUUUAAACAUCAGUAAAAGAAACUACACCCAGGGAAAAGGAACAAAAGAUUCUACAUUCGUCUGUGACACACAGUACAUUAGAAAUACCACAAUCUGCUAAAUCUUACAGCAAUUUAGAAAUUUAAGUACCCCGACAAAAUACCGUGCUGUAACAGUCAAGCUUUUAGGUGCAGGAAAUAGUAACUGCUUUAAGAAGUCAUGGAAAUUAAAAGUUCAUCAUAUUCUCUGGUCAUUGUGUGUCUGCACAUCUCUGAAAAUUGCUUUUUUUUAUUUUUUAACAGUCAUCAAUGCAGUUUUAAAAAAUCUCAUGAAACCUUUUUUUCAUAGUGUCACAUUGUUUAUAUCUCACCCCAUUCCAUCUUUCCUGAUACAUUAAUACAUUAGUAUCGUCAAUCAGAGAUUAGUUUUUGUUCAGGAUGGACAGGCAGCUGUAGAUACAAUGCUGGAAAAUUAUGCCUCCAAGUCUGAUAAUUGAAGUAGACAAGAACAAGUGGGGAAAUGUAUGAUGCUGGCAGAAUUUGGGUGAAGUGUGAAGAUGGCAGAGAAGGUGUAAAAUAAACAAAACUGGUUAUUUUAUAAGGAACCUCUUAAUAUCACCAAGCUCCCAUCAUUUCUCACCUUCUUCCUGCCUUGUCUUUUCUUUCUCCUUCCCUUUAUUCACAAGAGGAAGAACAUGAAAGUGAAAUGGAUAUAAAAAUGUUACCACACCAAGCAGCACACAGAGAUAACACAGAGUUAAUGACAUUUUGUUUGUCCACACAAAUCCAGUAUUUAGAAAUUACAUCUAAACUGAAAAAUACAUCUGACUGUUCAGAGUGAGGUAAAGAGGGAGCCCUAAUAAACUUCAAGAGAAGCACCAAACAUUGUUAGUUUGAAGGGUUUUCCAAACAGUCUCUUUUGACUUUAUGUAACUGAACCCAAGAUAAAGAAGAAAUGCACA